AUGCAAAUAGAAAAAUUAGGCCCUUUUAUGGAAUGGAAUGUUGAACGCAUACAUCUUUCACAGACUAAAUCACUUUUAAAUCGCAAUUCACAAUUAAAAAAAAAGAUCAGUUUGGUUAAGAAGUUGAAAAAUUUACAAAAUGAGAGCUUGCAACCUCUACUUGAAGAUUUGUCUACUGAGAAUAUGGAACAAUUUUUUUCAGAAAUAAUUGAUUCAAUUUUAAGCUUAAAAGUAACAUGUUUAGAGGAUAUUAAAAAUAUUAUUAGGAUUAUUUCCAUAUAUCUAAAAGAUCAUAAAUUUAUUAAUAUGUUAUUUACACAUUUAAAUUCGACAGAAAUUUAUUGGCAUAAGAUUAUUUUCAUAGAAAUACAAAUUCUUACUGAUACAAAGUUUAAUUAUAAAUUAGCAUUAAAAUCACUUUUUAAUGAUGCGUCUAAUUUAUACAAAAUUUUUUAUAUGGAAUAUGUCUUAUAUUUUUUUAAUGAUGAAAAAUUAAUUGCAUUUAUAAAUAAGGAAAAAACUAAAAUUGGGCAAUUAGACAUGAACCAGAUUGAUGACAAAUAUUCUGAACGUGUUUUAAAUAUAUGUCGGGUUUUAAACAUAGACAUUAUUGAACAAAAGUCUGAUAACAACUUUAAACAAGUUAUUGAAUUAAAAGAAAACGAGUUUGAUUUCUAUACUUGUAAGUUUUUAGGAGAAGAUAAUUUUACAAUUCCAAGACAAACAAAAGACAUUGUAGAAAUUUUAAAAAGUAAUAAGCUGGACAUUGGAAAAAUAGACGCGAUAUCAAAAUAUCUUAGAAAAACAGAAAAUGUAAAAAUGAUACCUGUUAUAUACAAUAAAUUAAAAAAUAAUAUUUUUUGCAUGCCAGUGUUGGCAAGAAUAAUUAGAAAUUGUGGUAUUUUGUGUAAAAAAAGUAUUAAUAAACUUCUUGAAGAUGUUUUUGAAAAUAAAAUAACAAAUCGCACAGAUCUAAUUAAUACAAUAUUUUUAGUAUCGGAGCUAAUUAAAUUUAGGUAUAUAGGAUUUAAUGAGUGUUUUAAUUUAUUAGAAUAUUUUUAUAAACAGAAAGAUAUUGAAAUUUGUUGCUUACUUAUGAAAAAUGUUGGGAGAUUUCUUUUAGUAGAUGAACAAAGUAAUAACAAAGCAAGAAAUUUUUUAGAUAAAUUGAUUGCAUACGGUAAUAAAUGUUCUAGUAUUGAAUGUACUCACAUAAAUGAUAUGCUUUCAGUUAUUUUUUCAAAAUCAGUGAGAUAUGAGUCAGAAGACAAUAUUUAUAAUUUUUUAAGUUAUCAUUUUAAAAAUGGGGUGCAUAAAACUGGUAGCAAAAUUGAUUUAAUUCUUAAAAAAAACAAAAAAUAUUUUUUAAAAAUACUUUGUGCUCCUUGGAAAUUUAAAGAUGUAGAGCUUGUGUGUAAAAUUGCUUCAUUAUUUUGUUUAGAUUUAAUUUUAAUUGAUCUUUUACCUUUUAUUAUUGAACUUAUAGGAAAUUCGUACAAAUUGAAAACGUUUUCAUACACAAAAUUUUUAAGUGGACUUUUGAAAUGUAAAAAUAGUAAAAUCCAAGAGACGGCCAUUAGUUCACUUUUUAAUAUAAAAAUUCAUAGAGAAAUGAAGCUUCGUAUUUUAAUUGUCCUUCUUUCUGGUAUGUCUUUUUGUGUAAAAUCAAGACAUAUUCAACAUUUAAAAAAUGAAUGUUCAAAAGUUAAUACUAUUGAAAUUCAUAAUAUGUUGUUUAAUUUAUGUGAAAGUAUUGGUGUCAAGUACGAAAAGCCUUUUUAUGAAGAUAGUUUUGAUGAAGAAAUUAGACUUAUGGAAAAUUUAUAA